AUGAGUAUGCCUAUAACAAUCAACAAUCUUGCUAUUCAAUCAGAGAUUGAAGCAUUUAAAGAAGCUGCAAAAUCAAAUAAUCUACAAGAUUAUUUUAUUGGUAUUGAUAUCGGUGGAACCAACACAAGAGUCAAUGCUGGAUUCGUAAAGGGCAGAAUCUAUGAAUUUACCAAGUUCACCGCUAACGAUGUAGAGACUUUGUACGCCGGAUUGCUAUUGGCUGAAACCAUUCUCAGAACUGUCUAUGUUAACAAAGCUCCAUUGGCAUGUUGUAUAGAUAUUGCUGGUCCAACCACAACCAGUGAUGAUUAUCACAUUACCAACUAUAAUCAUACAAACAAUGGUAAUGUCGUUCAAAGAAAGAUGUUGCCACCGAUGAUCUGUCCAAAAGAUUCGACCUACUUCUUAAAUGAUCUUGAAAGUGGUUGCUAUGGAUUGGUUUCCUUGAUCAAAGAUCGUCAAGAUGACAAUUACUUUACAAACAUGGUUACAAGAUCACAAGAGAGAACUCCAGGCUCACAAGUUUUUGUUAUCUUGGCAGCUGGCACUGGAUUGGGUGCAGGUUUGAUUCAUCAUAUCGAUAGAUCAGACAAGUAUUAUGUGAUCCCAACUGAGCUUGGACAUAUUAGCAUCAAACCAGUAGGUCCAAAUCACUCCUUAUUCCAAAAGGAAAUGAAAUUGCUCAGUAGCAUCGAACCAAACUAUGAGAAGGCUCAUAGCUCUGACAAAAAGAGAAUGUUCUCCUUGGAGUAUGAGGAUAUUGUAAGUGGUCGUGGUGUUGUCGAUUGCUACAAUUACUUCAAAUCAAGUACUGAUAAAGCUAUUGAUAAUAGUGGUGAAAUUGCAACCACUGCUAUUUCAUUGGUUGAGAAUGAUAGUAAAUUCAAUGUUGAAAGCAAUCCAUGUACAUUGGCUAUGAUGACACAUUAUAGAUAUCUCUUUAGAGAGGCGCAGGAGUUGGCAGUCGGUUUGAGAGCAACCGAUGUCUUCUUGAUCGGUGACAACAUGGUAAACAACGCACCAUUCGUCAAUGCCGUCAAGGACGAACUCAUCACCGAGUUCUUUGACCAUCCAAAGGAACACUGGUUAAAGAAGGUCACAUCGCUCCAUGUCCAAAGCAAAAAAGAAAACCUCAACCUUUUAGGUACAAUCUACUAUGCCAGAACUGUAUUAGAUCAAUAA